CCACUAUAAUCCCAAAACAGAGAGAAAGGCAGGAGGGGACAUCACGAAAGCGAAACCACGCGAGACGAGGGACGGGGGGCAUCUCCUCCAAACCCUAGCCGCGCCGUGGGACGUGAUCGCCGGCGGCGAUGGCGAUGGACGCGGAGCGGCGGCAGGCGGAGCUGAUCGAGCAGUUCUCGGCACAGGCGGCCGCUCUCUCCUCGUCGGCGCCGCAGCUGGCGGCGCUCGUGCUCGAGGCCACGUCCCACCCGGCGCUCUUCGCCUUCUCCGAGCUCCUCUCCCUCCCCGCCCUCUCCAAGCUCACGGGGACGCAGUAUGCUUCGUCGCUGGACGUGCUCCGCCUCUUCGCCUACGGGACAUUGAAGGACUACAAGAGUAAUUCUGGCACCCUCCCUGCAUUGUUACCUGAUCAAGUCCGGAAGCUGAAGCAACUCAGUGUGCUAACAUUGGCUGAGUCAACCAAGGUGCUACCGUAUGAUCAACUCAUGCAAGAAUUGGAUGUUUCCAAUGUAAGAGAACUUGAAGAUUUCCUCAUCAAUGAGUGCAUGUACUCGGGUAUUGUCAGAGGCAAAUUGGAUCAGGUGCGGAGGUGUUUUGAGGUACAAUUUGCAACUGGAAGGGAUCUUACACCUGAUCAGCUGAACAACAUGAUAGAUACAUUGUCUGACUGGUUGGGAACAUCAGAUAAUUUGUUGCACCAGAUCCAGGAGAAAAUCAAGUGGGCUGAUACAAUGAGUGAAGUGAACAAGAAGCAUCAGAAGGAGUUCGAAGACAAGGUAGAAGAAGCCAAAAAAUCAAUCAAGAAGUUGAACAAUUUAAACAGGCAGACAUCGACUUACGGGGGCAUGACGACUUUCUCUCUGAACCUGGAGGAAUAAUGGAUUUUGAAGAGGACCGCAUCCGACCAAAAAGGAGGCGACAACCAAUGGCAUAGUUUCAAUGAAGUCGUUGCUGCCUCCCCAAUUGUGGAAGUGCUGACGCCUGCCUCGAGAGACAUUUUGGCACUAGAGCUGAGGAAACUCCCCUCAUCAAUUAUUUAUGGUGCUUCCUUUUAAGCGAGUAACCAUUAUCAGUGUUUCCUCUAGAGAAAAUACUCGUUUAUGGUACGAGAUGUAAGAAGAUGAUUCUUACCGUAGCAUUUGUUUGCUGGUUAAGAAAAAAAACAGGUGGCUGGCUUAGCACUGUAAAGAUUAUGGUUCUGAUAGUAUUUUUCUAAAGGUAUUUACUCUGUUUGCA